CGCACACACACGAAUGUACAUGGACCCUGACACCGUCAUGGACACGGACACAGAAAACACAGCACUUUGUCCCUCCGGCAGCUGCCAGGCCUCCCCACCAGAGACACCUACACCAGUGCAGGAAGAAAUAGGAUUACCAGUAGGAAGCAGGGCCUCUUGAUGGAAGGAAAGACAGCCUCCUCCAGCCCCCUGGGCCAAAGACCAAGUUUGGGAGUGUGCCUGUGUCAGUUUAAAAUAAACAGAUGCCACACUACUGAAGAAGCCAGAGAAACUGUUGGCAGGGUUGGAUCAGAGUGGGCUACCCCCUGUCCCUGGGGUCCCCAGACGAAGAGGCAGUAUGCCUGUUCCCUAUAAGCACCAGCUGCAUAGGGCCCAGGCUGUAGAUGAACUUGACUGGCCACCUCAGGCCUCAUCUUCUGGCUCCUCUGACUCCUUGGGCUCAGCAGAGGCAGUCCCUGCCCAAAAGGAUGGCAUCUUCAAGGUCAUGCUGGUAGGGGAGAGUGGUGUAGGCAAAAGCACCCUUGCAGGCACUUUUGGUGGUCUCCAGGGAGACAGUGCUCAUGAGCUGGAGAAUGCAGAGGACACCUAUGAGAGACGCAUCAUGGUGGAUAAGGAGGAAGUAACUUUAGUUGUUUAUGACAUCUGGGAACAGGGAGAUGCUGGGGGGUGGCUGCGGGACCACUGCCUUCAGACGGGGGACGCCUUUCUCAUCGUCUUCUCGGUCACCGAUCGACGAAGUUUCUCCAAAGUUCCAGAGACCUUACUUCGGCUCCGUGCUGGAAGGCCCCAUCACGACCUACCUGUCAUUCUCGUUGGAAACAAGAGUGACCUGGCCCGCUCCCGGGAGGUAUCACUGGAGGAGGGGCGCCACCUGGCCGGGACGCUGAGCUGCAAGCACAUCGAGACGUCAGCCGCGCUUCACCAUAAUACGCGGGAGCUCUUCGAGGGCGCCGUGCGCCAGAUCCGGCUGCGGAGGGGCCGCGGUCGCACCGGAGGCCAGCGGCACGAGUCGGGCAGCCCCGAGGGCCCAGCACCGCCUGCGCGCCGCGAAAGCCUCACCAAGAAGGCCAAGCGCUUCCUCGCUAACCUAGUGCCGCGCAACGCUAAAUUCUUCAAGCAGCGGUCCAGGUCAUGUCAUGACCUCUCUGUGCUCUGAGCCACUGUCGCCAUGGCCACUGCAGUCGCCAUGGCCACGACGCCGUCCGCUCGCCCCCUUGCCCCGCCCUCGUCCGGCUUCCUUUGUGGACGCCGUCUAGGAAACCAAAAAUUCCCAGGAUGCCCUGGUGUGACCACGGGGGAGGGGCCGGUGGGCGUCACCUCCACCCCAACCACCACGCGUUCCCCGGCAGUUCGGCGCCCCUGGACCUGGAAGGCGCGGACACGGACCGCGGGCUGGUGGCUGGCGGACGUGCGCGCAGCGGCCGUGGGCGGGGCGGGUUUUGGCGGGUUAGGAAGGAAAACAGUCCUGCAAGGUUUUUUUUUUUGUUUUUUUUUUUUAAUUAAGUCGCGCUUGGUCACCUCUCCUGUAGAGAUUCUAGACACAGAACUGGAAAAGUGCUCUGUGGACUCCUGGACGGAGUUGACUUCCUUCGUACGCUGAACAUGCCUCACCUUUAAGAGUCUUAAAGAGUCUUCUAGAGACUUCCGAAAAAAUGUUCAGGCUUUUAUCUGCCGCACUGGUGCACAUUGCCCUUAAGAAGUUCUUAAAGGCAAGGGCCUGGGAGUGUUAUUCUUGAUAUUCGAUUCGGUGAUUUACCGUUAUCACUGCGACGCUUCACCUUUAAGAUUAUUAAAGAUAAAGUGUGGACAGAUUUUCUUCUGCCUUUACAUGCCAGAAUGGAGAGCCCAGUAGUGGCAAUCCUUUUGGCCAGCCCAGCCCAGGAGGCACUAGCAAAGGGCCACCCUGUCGCUUUUCAAUAAAGAA